AUGCCCCUUGACACAACGCCGGAACCGAUCCCAAACCGCCUACAUGGCCUAGUAGCUCUCAUAACCGGAGCUGCAGGGAACAUCGGCCUGGAAUCUGCUCGGCGAUAUCUUCUAGAAGGCGCCAAAGUAGUGCUGGUCGACAUCAGCUCACAGGGACUGGCUCAGUCAAAAGAAGAGCUAAUAAAAGCGAUCGCAGAUUUGCCAGAUGGGAAGAGCCUGAAUGCGAACAAUUUGAUCCUUACCGCUCAAGCAGAUGUCACAUCUGAAGGAGAUGUUGAGCGAUAUGUUAAUGAGACUAUUCGGAAAUUUGGAAAGCUUGAUGUUGCACUUCUUUGCGCGGGCAUAUCGUAUUCGUCGACGAGUAUUCUGGAUACUGAUGUUGACCAAUAUGAUAAGGUAAUGCAAGUGAAUUGUCGUUCUGCCUUCCUGGGCGUUAAACACUGCGGACUAGCAAUGCGAGACUCCGGUAACGGAGGCAGUAUUAUCCUGGUCUCUUCAAUUGCUGGACUUCGCGCAACACCCGGUCUAUCAGCAUAUUCUACUUCCAAGUUUGCUCUUCGAGGUCUAUGCAUCACUGCAGCUGCAGAGCUGGGCCAGUAUAACAUUCGUGUUAACACGGUCCACCCGUGCGGCGUCAAUACACCUAUGUUCCUCGCCGCGUGGUCCGAAGAGAAGAUGAAAAGUAUGUUGGAUACUGUUCCUCUGGGUCGGUGGGCAGAGGUCGCAGAUAUUGCGGCGUUGGUAUCGUUCCUGGGAAGUGCGGAUGCUCGGUUCAUGACAGGGGGAGCCUUGAAGAUCGACGGUGGUAUUGUGAUGUUCUAG